CUAAUUCAUCCAUCAGCUUGUUACAACAUGUCAGCAAAAGAAGAUCAGCAUACCAGCAAUAGUCUUUCUGAAGCAGAAAAAUUCUUAGAAUCGUUGAACUUACCAGAUUCAUCAUCUGACCCGUCUUCAGCUGCCCAACCUUCAGCAACAACAGCAUCAACAACAACAACAACAGCGGACCGUAGUGAUAUCAUGAACUUUUUAGAUGAAAUAUCAAAUUAUCCUACUGAACAACAACAACAACAACAACAACAACAGCAACAAGAAAAGCAAAAACAGCAGGAAGAACAGGCAACUGGAAACUCCUACGCCACAAAGGAUCAGACUCUAAAGACCCAGGCCAGUACUUCUACUACUCAAGCUGAGAAUACCAGCGGCAGCUGGAUGUCGUGGGGGAAUUCUUUACUUGCACAAGCCAGUGCAGCUGUGAAAACAACCACGGAUCAAAUCAAUCGUACCGUACAGUCCACUGAAUCAAAGCAUCUCUUGGAAGAUCGAGUUAAACACUUGCAGACUCUUGUGAACAAAGAUACCAUUGAAAAGUUGGGAAGUAAUUUGCGACAAUUGACGACACAGAUUUUGGAAACGGUAGCACCUCCUAUCUCUGAACACGAACUGGUGGAAAUCUGGCUUUCACAUGAUAUGGUGGGUUACAGCGGUGUGGAAGCAUUGGUGUAUCGUGCCUUUGCAAGAGUGAUGGAACAAACAGAAUCGGGUCAAGUCAUUGUACGAAAAGGUAUGGAUAAUAGUCAUGAUAAUGAUGAUGAAGCUCCUAGGGAUUUGAAUAUGUGUGAAGGCGUAGUAGAAGGUACCAAAUUGGCAAAGGCAAGUGUGGAUCAUCUUAUCAAGUUACAUUAUACCCGACCAGAGCCUACAACCACAUAUACACCAAAGGAAGGUGCAGUGCCUGUGAUCAAUUGUCCUGUUUUCAUGGUCAUUCAACCUGUCAAAUCCUCAUUUUCAAACGAUAAGAGUAUUCCUUCUCAAUUGGUCUAUGCUGUUGUAUUGGAAGAUCCUACUAAUCAACUCUCGUUUCAAACAUAUUCUCAAUCUAUUCCUCUGGCAUGGUUAGAUAUUCCUUAUGAAGAAAAUGAAUGGGUGGAGGACAAAAUGGUGGAUGUUUUACGUAUGGCAGUGACUACAGUGGCGCAAGAUUAUGUAUGGACUAGAAUGACAGGUGGUAAAAAACUUGCUCAAGUUGUCAAGGAGACUUCUGAAUUACAAGAUCAACAAGGUCAAAUGGAACAACAAUCUCCUGCUACAGAGACCAAGACGGACUGAUAUAUCUGGAUCCCUUUUUUUAGUUAUCUUUUUUUUUUUUGUUGAUAUUUGUUGUACUCUUAGCUCUUACUUCCUCUUUUAUAAAUUUAUUUUUGUUUGCUGAUAUCAAUCAAUAAAAUAUAUUUUGUCAUAUAUCA